AUGUUUAAGGGUGCACUACGCUCCGAGCUGAAGCAGAUCGGCAAGAGACAAAGUUCGAUUACUGUGGAAUCGUUUCACUGCUUGCACUUGAACCUCAAUUACGAAACACAAGACCCAUCGCUUGUUACAGGCGAGAAUGGCACGGCUAAUUCAGCCGACGCGUCAACUACUGUUGAGGAGAUGAUCCGCAAUUCAUUCGACGUCGAGGUGAUCGAAGACGCCAAAUAG